GGCACUCAUGACGUCAUACACAAGCUAUUGGGGACGGUAGAUAUUGGAGUGGCUACACUUUCUUGACUAUCUACGUCUACGGUGACUUUUAACUGAGAAAUUAACAUUGUGUGAUAAUACUAUACAUUUUGUGGUAAAGUUUUCGAUCGACCCGAAGAUCUUGAGUUGAAGAAACAUAUUGCCAAGCAAACAAAGAAGGUGUGUUGUUGAGUCUGUACUGGUGCUUCUGCGGCCAGCGCCAGUGGGCUGAGGGGAAGUGCAAGUGCCGUUUAAUAAACAGUGUACCGUAGUCUUCUCGAUUCUCCGCGCCGCCCGCUAUAAUUAAAAGACUUUCUCACGAAAUCAGUGUUUAACUGCAACUACGUUCAUUUAGCUUUAAAGCUGUGUCCUGCAUGCAGGCAUGUCUGUCACUCAGUGCUGAUGGCUUCAUCUUCACCAUAAUGACUUGGUGCACUGAGGAAUAGACAUGACAACUAGAGAAUUAAGGAAAUCACUGAAAGAGGAGGGCGGAGGUGAUGCUCUUCCUCUUUUGGCUCCAACGUCCAUUGCUGAGGAACAAGCUUUUCAGGAGCUGAGAAGGAAACAGGUGGCUCGGCGUAUCGAGGCAACUCGGACCGAGGGUGAUGUUAUUUUGGCAGAACGAGGCUACGGGGACGAGGAGGAUGUAGAGAAUCUGCUGAGAUUAUCCGCAAAAGAGAAGCGCAAGACAGCCCUGGUGUUCCAUGAUGCAUUCUUUCUGGUCCUGGACUACCUCCAGUUCUAUGCCGUGGUCCUGGCUAUCGCUUUGCGGUGGCCAUGGCCUUAUGCUUGGAUGCAGUACACCAGGUUCAUUCUGUUCGCGAAUCUUGAUAUCUGGGAAUUCAUCAAGUUGAAUACACCAAGCAUCUUUGAAUCCACGGUUGAUCGCUUCAUCUCAAGCUCCUUACUCCCUUUUGAUUAUCGCUUCCUGUUGCUGGCAUGGGGUAUUUUAAUCUUCCUUUUCAUCUCCGUCUUUAUCACCAUCUACCUUUGCAUGCAUUAUCAAAAGAAGUACAAUCUACUGCUGCAGGUAGCCAGGUUCAAGCGCACUUAUCUUUUCCUUGCACAAGUUCUUGUGAUGCCCGUUGGGGUUGCCUUAGGAAAGGUAUUCCAUUGCAACUCGGAGAACAAUAUGGAUGUCCACAAUGAAACACCCUGCGGGAGUGGAGAGCACAUUGCAUACAUGGCAGUGUCUUUGGCUAUCUUCUUUGGGAUGUUCAUAUUGUUGCCAGCUUGGAUGAUCGUGAAGGUCAAGUCUCAGAUUUUCAAUCUCAAGAAGAAUAGCCAUGAGUCCCAUCUCCAGCUGAAGGAAGCAGAGUAUGCUCACUCCCUGGACCUUAUCUGGGCUUUGAAACACUACCACAUGUUUUCAUCAUUCAAACUUUUCUGGACCUACUACUACCCCAUCAUGCAUUUCCUCAAGUUCAUCUUCAUCAUUGCCUAUUCUGCGAUGUUGUGGUUACCGACCUGGCAGAUGUUAGUCUUUACCAUCCCAGUCCUCCUGCUAUUUGCGAUCAUCAUCUUUAAGUGGCCUUUCCGAGUGACCAGCUUUAACUUUCAGCUUGCUAUUAACCUCCUCUGUAUGUUGGUCAUGUCCUUCAUGGGAUUCAUGCAGAACAUGGAUGGUGUUGACUCUGUGUUCUUUACUGUAACAUAUCUCUACAUUGAACUCCUUGUCAUCAAUGCCUGUUGGCUUGGCAUGACUGUCCUUUGGCUCAUCUACAUUGUUCUCCGCUACUAUGGCUGCCUCUGCAGAUCGAAAACCUUCUGGCCACAGCUCACAAGUAGCAGCCUGGAUAGCCUAGAGGAACACACCCGGAAAUACAUGCGAGCCAUCUUGUGUGGACGCAUCGUCCUGGAGCAGGCUCUUGCUUCUCCUCCGCUCUUCAGUCCCGCACAUGAGGUAGCCAGACAGAUCCAGAUUAUCAAUGCUUACUGCAGGGAAGCCGAGCUCCUUCAGGAUCCCAUCCAUGAUACCCUCUGGGAUCUCCUGGAUGAACUGAUUGAGGCUCAUAGUCGUAUCUCACAGACAUCACUGUUUGCAGAGUCGGUCAAGGCAUCCAUCAGGGAAACUGCAAAUGAGUUCAUGAAGAUCUUACCAGAAUUCAAGAAGAGACUGGCACAGAGGGAGUAUGACUUCUCGCUGAUGACAUCACAGAAGCGUCGCAUGCUUCUCAAAAUGUACACUUUAGGAGUGUUUGUGAAUGGCAGAGGAAUGAAAUCUAAACCCACUGCUACAAUUGAAGCCAUGGAGAAGCUCUACAACCCGCAAGUGUCAGUUGUCCUCAAGCACAGAGGAGUUGAAGGUGAUGACGGGCAUUACACUCCCGAGUAUGAUGACAGUCAUUUACCCGCUGGUCCUGCAGGCUAUAGGUUCAAGCAACGGCAGGCUCCAGCUAUCAUCAUGGAGGAGAACGAGGAGGAUGAGGAGGAAGAUGAAGGAUUGCUCCCUAUCUGGCUAAGACCACAAUCAUCUGCAUCGGUUAUAUCUGGUGUAUCGUCAAUUAAUGAUCGCGAUGAUGAUGACCUUGCAGCGUUGAUGUAUGGUAUUCCUAGUCGUAUGGGGACUGCUGCAUCCCUGGCCUACAGGUCUCAGAGUACUGGUUCCAUGCAAGGUAAGCCAUCUCGGGAGGGGUCUGUGGCAUCCCUCUCUAGACCACACCCAUCAUCAUCAUCAUCCUCCUCUCAUCACUCUUCUCGAGACUCCCUUCUCCCUGCGGCUCGUCUUGAUACCAACUUCCAGGACAUCCCAGAAGAGCUAUAAAGACAGGCAGUUGUCUCACAAUUUCUGGGUCUUUACUGGUUAAGCCCAUUAGGGUUGGGGUCUAUGGCACCCUUUUCAGACUACACCCAAUGCCAUCCCCUUCCCAUCACUCCACCCAUCAAACACUGUUCCCAGCCGCUUGUCUAGAUACUAACUUCCAGGACAUUCCGGAAGAGCUCUAAAGGCAUGCAUUUGCCUCAAUGUUUCCGGUUCUUGGUAAGCCCUCGGAGGGGGGGGGGGGGGCAAUGGCAUUCCUUUCAAGACCAAGCCCACCAGUAUCCACCCUCCACCAUCGGUCCUCUGAGAAUCACUGAUCCUCUCGACACCAGUUGUAAGUGAAGGUAAGAGUUGAGUGCUUCUAGCAGAUUAACAGGGCCUGAUGAUGUACAGUCAAAUCUGUAUAGUAAGGCCAACAAAGGGAAACAGACAGAGGCCUGUAUAGAUUCCUUUCAAAUGUGAGAAAAUUUGGUAGCCAGACUGGUUAUGGUAGACAGACUGGUUGCUGCUAAGACAGGUUUGAUUGUAUGUUUCUUUUUCAUAGUGUUAUAAAUCACAACAUAGUUACAGCUUUCAGUAAAAAAAAAUGCAUUGGGUUGUCGUAGGAGAGGUCAGGAUUUAUAAGAAAUGCCAGACAUUGCAAAAUUGGCUGUUGUACGAUGUAAAUUUUAAAAAAUAAGAAAUUGUAUAAUAAAGCAUAAUGCCAUUUCUUCAGAAUUCCAAUUUCAGAAUUUUCAGAAAUGAAGUAAUGUGAUACAGAUAGCAGUGUGAUUACACACACUGGAAGAUUUUUCUGGUACAUGCACAGUUAAACCAGCAUAUGGAAAAUGUUCGAACUAGAAAGUGUAGGUCACUUUGUAAAGUCAAUAUUUUACUUUCAUUUAUGAUCAAACUUCACUCAAAUUUCAUUAAUUUUGAUGAUUUAAAACACCCUAGAUAUUGUUGGCGAAAAAAUGCCUGAACUGUUUCGGGAAUGAAGAUUAUAUUUUCUUUAUAUCAUUCAUUCUAUUUAUCUGUAUCAUGUAGACAUGAAAAUAUGAGGCAAUUGCAAUUGUACCAUACACACAAUGUAUUUGAAAUGGUCUUUCACAAUAAUUCAUUAACAACUCAAUUACUCUAUAUUGAAUUGAAUAAAUCGAAAUAGAAUACAAUUUUGAUAGAAAUAUAUGGCAUUCAAAUAUGAUAGAGAAUCAAAUAUUUUUUCUCACUUGAAUUGUUCAAUGGCAUUGUAAUAUAUUUUCAUUUGUGUGCUGUGUUUGUAUUUUAUGUCAUUACGUUUGUUCUGCCUUAUUGAUUGUAGAUUCCAUUCCAGGUUAAAUGAUUAUGAAUCAUACUUUUCUGUAAAUACUUUGAAUAAAAUAUGUGCAGUUCUUUAUAUUCUAAUGAAGAUAAGUCUUUCAAAAUCUUACUAAUUUAUAUAUUUCAAAUUCAAUCAUAUACAUUUAGAUUUAUUGAACUGUAUAUUUUGAUAUUUUUUAUCUAUUGUGUGCCUUUCACCUGUAAUUACACAUACAUGUAUAUUUUUAACAAUGUUUUAAGAAAUUGUGAUUUUCAUAUUUUACUUCUAUCAGUACGGUAACUAACUAUACACCUUAAGACUGAAAUUUUGAUAUUUUGGCCCAUAUUCUGAAAUCUGGUGUAACUUGUGUUUUUAGCUAUGGAUAGGCAAAUGUGACAAUUGUUUUACAGUUGAUUUUCAAUUUAUCUGGAAGUGAUAAACAACAAUUUUCUUCACAAUUGAAGCAUGUGGAAGGAAUGCAGUAAAGACUUUAAACAUAGUGUAAGUAAAGUUUUGAUAUAUUUGGCCUCAUGAUUUUUGCACAGGCUUAGCACAUGUAGCUGAUUAAAGUUUAACCAGAGUUCAGAAUACAGGCCUUCAUUUUCCAAUAUUAAUUUUUAUAACCUUUCUAUUGAUUUUGUAAAAGAAAAUCUUAACCUUUUU